GCAAGCUGCGUCCAAGGAUACAUCUUUCAUUUUGUUUUCAUGAGAACAGACAACCCUAUUAUAAUCUGUGACAAGGAAUGGCACUAUUAUGUUAUCAAUGUGGAAUUUCCAGCUGUGACACUAUUUGUGGAUGGUGUCACCUAUGAGCCCUACCUGGUAACAGAUGACUGGCCAAUCAAUGCCUUAAAGAUUGAUACUCAGCUGACUGUGGGCGCCUGCUGGCAAGGUGGUGAGGUAGCGACCCCGAGGUUCACUCAGUUUUUCCAUGGCAGCCUUUCAGGUCUGACAAUCAGACCUGGCCGCAUUGAAACCCAGAAGGUUAUCUCUUGUUUGCAGGCCUGCAAAGAAGGGCUUGAUAUCAAUUCCCUUGAAAGUCUAGCAAAGGAUAUAAAGUUUCAUUUUAACCCAGCUCAGUCUGUUCUGGUGGUUGAAGGAGAGGAUGUGGACAGCAUCAACACAGCCAUGACAAAGGUAUCAUACAUAAACUCUCGCCAGUUCCCCACGCCAGGGCUCAGACGGCUACACAUCUCCACUGCAGUACAGUGCUUUGGAGAGGACACAUGUCUCUCCAUCCCAGACAUCAAGGCAGUGGUUAUGGUGCUCCCCCCCAGUGAACCCAAAAUCACCAUUACAGGAUCUAAUCAGCUAGUCAGGCCUGGCAAUGACCUCCGCAGCUCCCUCGGUGUGGCACUCUUCAAAGAGCUUCACAUCACCAGCACAGUGAUGAAGGGAGACAGUUUGGGCAGAUUCCACAGGCCCGGUGUGAUGGAGGUUAUGCACAACUUGGAUUACUGUGAUGUGCUGGUAAUUGGGGAGGAACUGAAUCCUGAGAGAGAGAGUCUGGAAAUUCAUCACAGUGCUCUGUUGGGGAAACACCUAGAUGCUACAAACUCCACCUCUGGAAUAUCUAUUUAUGGUGUGGACUCCAUGGCCCACUAUGAGCAGGCAUUGAGGCAGUUGCGCUACAGGAACUGGCGACCUGCCACUUUGACUGACAGAAGGUUCAGACUUACCUGCUCUGAACUCAACGGGCGAUAUACCAGUAACGAGUUCAAUUUGGAGGUCAGUGUUCUUCACCAUGGUGAGCGUGUAGAGCAUAUCAACAAUAUGGCUGUCCAACCCCAGUAUAUGAGGCCUGUCCAUCAUCCACUCAUGAUCCAUACUUUCAACUCACACAUGUCAGGAGCAGCACCCCCCGCAGCAACUGUGGUUAUUGUGGUUUGUAUCGCCGCCCUAGUGGUGAUCGUGGUGAUAGGCAUCUACAGGAUUCACGCCACACAUCAGGAAGGGUUAAGGGAUGACGAGGAUGAGGUCAAAGAUCCAGAAGUUGACUGGGACAGCUCUGCACUCAACAUCAUCAUCAACCCCAUGGAGGACAUGAGAGGUCCCCAAGCGUUGGAAGACACUGUAAGAGAGGAGGAAAAUGAGGAGGAGGAAGACGAAGAAGAUGUUGAGCUGGUAGGAGGCGUGACAAUUGCUGAGUCAGACAACAGUGAUGAUGAAGACGAGGAGGUGGACGAUGGGAAGAAAGAGGCUAAUGGGAGGAAGCCAAGGGGGAAACCUGAGUGGGACAGUUCCUCAGCAACUUACUGA